AUGUCGUCCAAGACAUUCUAUCUUAUCGGUGACAAUAUCUCAGCGCAGGAUGUAGCUGUGCAGCCUUCAUGGAAAAUUGAAGACCUCAAAAGAGCAGUGGGCCUCGCCCUGCAUAUUGUUCAACCGCUGGGUAUCACAUUCCACCCGCUCGCCGACAGUCAGACCCUCGAAACAGUCAGCGACGUGCUAUCAACACCGUUCAACAUCGGAAUCCGUAUCAAUGGCCGGGCUGUGCAGUCCCCCCAAGGACCAGAAGGCUUGCCCUUGGUAGGCAGCUUCUACGAGAUCUUCCCCGAUCAUCUAGGCAACCACUAUCGCCUGUUUCGCAAAUACGGCUCGGUGAUCAAGACGACCAACAUGGGCAAAACUACCUACCUAACCGACGACCCCGAGGUAGCGAGCAUCGCACUCCAGGAGUCGAUCUACUUCACCAAGAACAUCAACGAAAGCCACCCCCUCUACGGAGUCAAGGACAACACCGCCAUCUUCAUCGGGGACACCGAGACGGAAAAUUGGCGUCUGGCCCACCGCUUCCUCCCGUCGGCCAUGGGCCCUAAAGCCGUGCGCCACUACACCCCGCUGAUGCAGGAGUGCGUCCGCAGUUCGUUCUCCGUCUUCGACGCCCUCGACGCCCAGGGCAGCUCGUUCAACGUGUACCAGUACAUGCUCAAGCUCGCCUCCCAAACCAUCGGCAAGUUCUCGCUCAACGCCGACUUCGAGCACUUCACCCGCGUCGACGCCCCGCUGCACCCGAUCGUGACCAACAUCGCCGACCUCCUCUCCCUGAACAAGAAGGUCACGGCCCGGGGCAACUGGUACCGCUCCCUGCCCUUUGGCGACCCAGCCCGGCUCCGCGAGGUCCGCCGGACCUGCUACACCCUGCUACAGGAAUACAUCGACCAAGCGGCCGAGUCCGGGAUCAAGGACCUCCCACUCAACGAAGCCGCCCUGAAAGCCUCGUGCGUCGUCGACUACCUGCUCAACGGGGUCGACGACAAAGGCGAGCACUUCCCGACCCCGCUCAUCCUCGCCAACAUGAUGAUCGUCACCGGCGCGGGCUUCACCACCACCUCCGCGCUCCUGUCCUGGCUCAUCUACAGCCUGGUCACCUACCCAGACACCCAGGACCGGCUCCUCCAGGAGCUCGUCGACCACAACAUCUCCCACGAGACCACCUGGUCCCCCGAGCUGGCACAUAGCCUGCCCUACCUCGACAACUUCGUCAAGGAGACCCAGCGCCUGCACAACGCCUCCUUCCAGCCCGGCCGCACCACCAAAACCGACGUCGUGCUUCCGGGAGGAUACCGUCUGCCCCCGGACAGCGUCAUCAUCCCCGCACUCUACGCCAUCCACACGAACCCGGACGUCUGGCGGGAUCCCUUCCGCUUUGACCCGGACCGUUGGGAUACGGAGGAGGUCAAACAGCGCCACCGCUGUGCCUACAUCCCCUUCGCGACGGGUCCGCGCGGCUGCAUCGGGUUCAAUUUUGCCUUGCUCGAGGUCAAGGUCCUGCUGUCGGAGCUGGUGUAUCGGUAUGAGUUCACUCGUGAGGGGCUGGAGGCCGUCGAGUAUGAUCCUGAGUUCCAGCUGAUUCGGCCGUUGAAUUUUUAUGUCACGGCUAAGCGGCGGACCAGUUGGCCGAAGGCUUCUGCUCGGUGA